AUGGGUUCCAUGGCAAGUGAGGGAGUCCGCUCUUUCCAUCCACUGGAAACCGAGCGCUCGCGUCCCUGUCCCUUCCGAGGUGGCCCUGGACGUCCAGGGCGCUGGCGGGAAGUCGAGGGCAGGCAGGCAGCUGCCCUUGGAAGAGGUGACGUCAGCCUGCGGACAGGUGAGCCAGACCGAAAGGUGACCGGCGCCUCCAGGGAAGGCGAGUGUCCCGAGCUGACCCUGGGGCGCCUGAACUUUCUGAAGUGGGAGCUUCGCUCCCGGGCCCACGAGGAGCCAGGGGGAUUACAAAGAAACGGGAGACGUGGCGAGACCUCAGAGCCGCUGGGAGCCGAGGCGUGGACGCGCGGCUGCCCCAUCGCGGAGGGCCAUGUGGCCACUGACCUGCAGCGAAUGGCAAGGGGUACGGCGGGGCUGCUCCAGCCGUCUGAACAGACAACGGCUGGAGACAAGGACAUGGGAAGCUUCAGCGUGACUGGUGGCAAAGAUGCCUGCUCCUCUGGGGUGGUGGGCAUCAUGGACACUGCAAAAGCAAUAGUCCAGGGUGGUCUGGGCGUCACCCAGUCGGCCCUUGUGGGCACAAAGGAGGCGGUGUCCGGAGGCGUCAUGGGAGCAGUAGGUAUGGCCAAAGGUCUUGCCCAGGGAGGCCUGGACACCACCAAGUCUGUGGUCACGGGCACCAAGGACACCGUGACCACAGGACUCACGGGGGCCAUGAACGUGGCCAAGGGGACAGUGCAGACGGGCCUGGACACCAGCAAGAAUGUGCUGAUGGGCACCAAGGACACCGUGACCACAGGACUCACAGGGGCCAUGAACGUGGCCAAGGGGACAGUGCAGACGGGCCUGGACACCAGCAAGAAUGUGCUGAUGGGCACCAAGGACACCGUGACCACAGGACUCACAGGGGCCAUGAACGUGGCCAAGGGGACAGUGCAGACGGGCCUGGAUACCAGCAAGAAUGUGCUGAUGGGCACCAAGGACACUGUGACCACAGGACUCACGGGGGCCAUGAAUGUGGCCAAGGGGACAGUGCAGACGGGCCUGGACACCAGCAAGAAUGUGCUGAUGGGCACCAAGGACACCGUGACCACAGGACUCACGGGGGCCAUGAACGUGGCCAAAGUGGCAGCCCAGGGAGGCCUGGACACCACCAAGUCUGUGGUCAUGGGCACCAAGGACACCGUGACCACAGGACUCACGGGGGCCAUGAACGUGGCCAAGGGGACAGUGCAGACGGGCCUGGAUACCAGCAAGAAUGUGCUGAUGGGCACCAAGGACACUGUGACCACAGGACUCACGGGGGCCAUGAAUGUGGCCAAGGGGACAGUGCAGACGGGCCUGGACACCAGCAAGAAUGUGCUGAUGGGCACCAAGGACACCAUGACCACAGGACUCACGGGGGCCAUGAACGUGGCCAAGGGGACAGUGCAGACAGGCCUGGAUACCAGCAAGAAUGUGCUGAUGGGCACCAAGGACACCGUGACCACAGGACUCACAGGGGCCAUGAACGUGGCCAAGGGGACAGUGCAGACGGGCCUGGAUACCAGCAAGAAUGUGCUGAUGGGCACCAAGGACACUGUGACCACAGGACUCACGGGGGCCAUGAACGUGGCCAAGGGGACAGUCCAGACGGGCCUGGACACCAGCAAGAAUGUGCUGAUGGGCACCAAGGACACCGUGACCACAGGACUCACAGGGGCCAUGAACGUGGCCAAAGUGGCAGCCCAGGGAGGCCUGGACACCACCAAGUCUGUGGUCAUGGGCACCAAGGACACCGUGACCACAGGACUCACGGGGGCCAUGAACGUGGCCAAGGGGACAGUGCAGACGGGCCUGGACACCAGCAAGAAUGUGCUGAUGGGCACCAAAGACACCGUGACCACAGGACUCACGGGGGCCAUGAACGUGGCCAAGGGGACAGUGCAAACGGGCCUGGACACCAGCAAGAAUGUGCUGAUGGGCACCAAGGACACCAUGACCACAGGACUCACAGGGGCCAUGAACGUGGCCAAAGUGGCAGCCCAGGGAGGCCUGGACACCACCAAGUCUGUGGUCAUGGGCACCAAGGACACCGUGACCACAGGACUCACGGGGGCCAUGAACGUGGCCAAGGGGACAGUGCAGACGGGCCUGGACACCAGCAAGAAUGUGCUGAUGGGCACCAAGGACACCGUGACCACAGGACUCACGGGGGCCAUGAAUGUGGCCAAGGGGACAGUGCAGACGGGCCUGGACACCACCAAGUCUGUGGUCAUGGGCACCAAGGACACUGUGACCACAGGACUCAUGGGGGCCAUGAACGUGGCCAAGGGGACAGUGCAGACGGGCCUGGACACCAGCAAGAAUGUGCUGAUGGGCACCAAGGACACCAUGACCACAGGACUCACAGGGGCCAUGAAUGUGGCAAAGGUGGCUGCCCAGGGAGGCCUGGAUACCACUAAGUCUGUGGUCACUGGCACCAAGGACACCGUGACCACAGGACUCACAGGGGCCGUGAACGUGGCCAAGGGGACAGUGCAGACGGGCCUGGACACCAGCAAGAGCGUGCUCACAGGCACGAAGGAUACCAUCUGUGCUGGGAUCACUGGGGCCAUGAACAUGGCUAAAGGUGUCAUUCAGAAGGGCCUGGACACAACCAAGGACACACAGUCUGCCCUGCUGUCUCCAGAAGAUAAUGUGACCAUCCAUGCCACCCACACAGGUGUAUACACAGUUCCAAGUUCACUCUCCAGCUCUCAUGCCACCAUGUUUUAUGAGCCUGGCAGUUACAGAGCCACCGACCAAGGAGUCAAACAUGCUACUCUGACUUCUGCCGAGUCCCUGUGCUCUGAGAUCAGUAGCCUUGUGGAAACAUGUGGCUUGGGGCUUGUCACAGAACCCACAGCUACCACCAAAGGUCCUCUGUCUGGUGUAGCUUCAUCUGCCCACGCAGCUACCAGGUCUGAGGAUGAGUGUGGUCAGCUGGCUGCUAUAAGCUUUGCUGCACUUCAUGAUGAGUUGGAGGGACUAGGGGACAUCUUCCAGCCCAUGACAACUGAGGAACAAGCCCAGCUGGCAGCCUUGGAGUCAGGGCCCCGGGUGCUCUCUGCUGAUGGGGGAAGCUACUUUGUCCGCCUGGGUGACCUGACACCCAGCUUCCGCCAGCGUGCUUUUGAACAUGCCCUGAGCUACAUACAGCACAACCAGUUCCAAGCCAGGGCUGCCGCGCCUCUCCCCACGGGAGUGACGCUGAAGGCCAUGGGGUCCCGCACUGAGUAG